AUGCGACCGUCAACAAGCUUCUUUGAGGAUAUGCUGAAAGCACACAAUGACAAACGAAAAUUGCAUGGGUCGCCCGAUCUGAAGCUUAGUGGAGAACUCUCAGAAAAAGCUCAAGCCUGGGCAGAUAGAGUGGCUGAGAAAGGAUACGUAUCAUUCUGUGAGACAAUUGGUAUUGGAGAAAACAUAACCAUCUUUCCUCCAAACACAAAACCAGAUAGAAUUGUGGAACACUGGUAUUCUGAACACGAACGUUAUGAAUACGAAACUCCAGGUUGGCAAGAAGGAACAAGCUAUUUCACUCAAACCGUUUGGAAAUCUACAACAGAACUAGGUAUUGGUUUGACGAAUAUUGAGACUAGCAAAUUCAAUCUUCCAUCAAAUUACCAGAGGCAUAGCAUGCAAGACAAAAUGGAAAUUAUUGUUGCUUUCUACAAACCGGGUGGUAAUAACAACCGAGAUGGGCUGUUUGCUGUAAAUGUUUGCAAACCUAAAUAUAACUGA